AUGACACCACGGCCAUCAUCAUAUAUCACUUUGUUGACUAAUGAGUCUUACUUACCAGGUACAUUAACUCUUGGUAUGAAAUUAAAGAGAGAUCACAAAACAAAACACAGACUUGCGAUUUUAUUAAAUACUGCAGCUUUCUCCCCAAAAUCCAUUGAACUAAUUGAGGAGGUAUAUGAUGAUAUAAUUCCAAUAGAUGAUAUAGAAGUCUCCGGACCUGGAAAUGGGCUGGUUCACAAGUUAGGCAGAGAGGAGUUAUCUGUUACAUUUAAUAAGUUAUUGUUAUGGAAUCAGACCAAUUAUGAUUCCCUAUUAUACAUUGAUAGUGACGCGCUUCCUCUUAAAAAUUUAGAUCAUUUGUUUGAGAAGCACGAGUCAAUGAAGAGUCACCAGGUAGCAGCAAGUCCUGAUUCGGGCUGGCCCGACAUCUUUAAUUCAGGGGUCCUAUUACUUAAGCCGGAUGCUAAAACUUUCGCAAAGCUCCUUGAUUUUAGUAAGAAUGAAAACUCUACCUUUGACGGUGCGGAUCAAGGCCUUCUCAACGAAUUUUUCAACGUAUCGUCGGGCAGUUCAAAUUGGAUAAGACUCCCGUUUUUAUAUAACGUUACCCCUACCGCCUCAUACCAAUAUGUGCCUGCUUUUAUGCGUUUCUUCGGUGAUGUUUAUAUUUUGCAUUACAUUGGUAGUUUGAAACCUUGGAAGUUGAGUUCUUAUACCACAAAUGAUUACAGUAAUUUGUGGUGGGAAAAUUUCAAUAAAUUCUACCCAGAUCCUGCUGUGAGGGCAAAAAUAUUGUCUCAUGAGAGAGGUGAGGCUUUCAGAUUGAGUUUCGAGAAAACACAAAGCGUUUGGGACGAUCCUGGGGUUAGUGAAAUAAAGCCUGCCACACCUGAGGUGAGGGCAACCUCUAUAUUCCCAUGGGAAGAUAGAGAGGAGCGAUUACCAACAAGAGUUUUCGAGCCGAUUAUUACGGUAGCACCUACCGGACCCAAAAAUAAUAAAUUGAUAAAAAGAAAUGAAAAAAACAUAGAAUCGAUAUCAGCGUUGAAAAUUUCCAACGAAAAGCCGGUUUCUGAAUUGACUAAGAAUUUUGAUGAUAGUAAUAGCGAUUUUGAUCCGAGUGAAUCUUUAAAAAAAGUGUCGAAAUUGCCCUUAAAAAUGCUUAACAAAAGAAAGUGA